AUGCGCUUCCGUUCAGAUUCUCGAGCUGACCAUCAGCAUCCCAAGAAGCAAGGCUCGAUGGAUCCCGACACAAUCCAAGCUCUCAAAUACCAGGAUAGAAGCAGUAGUAGCAGCAGCAAUAACAAGCCCAAGGAAAAAGUUGGCUCCGCGAGCACAUCUCCUUCUCCCACGCUUUUCGCUUCGAACGAUAGCGUGAAGGUAGAAAUCGGGGUGGGGUCUUCAGACAAAGAAAAACCCGAUGUCAAGGUCUCGUUCUUCACUAUCUUUCGCUAUGCCUCAAAGAGACAGCUACUGAUCAACCUGUUUGGUACCGGAAUGGCGAUCGCAGCAGGUGCAGCACAGCCUCUUAUGAACAUCUUUAUUGGAAAGAUUGCCACGGUCUUCCUCCAUUUCACUUCAGCAAUCAGGUCGGGUGAUCUUGAUGCUAUCCGAGCGGCUCAUUCCGACGUCUACAGUACAAUCAAUUCCGAUGCGCUCAUUCUUCUCUACCUUGGCAUUGGCAUGUUUUUUGCCAGCAUGCUCUACAUGGCUGUUUUUUCCUACACCAGCGAAAGGAUUGCCUCCAACAUCAAGUACGCUUAUCUCUCGUCCCUCUUCAGCAAGCCGAUCGACUUCUUCGAACAGUGUGGUCAAGGAACCGUCGCUGCAAAGAUCGGCUCCGAUGUCCAUCUCAUUCAGAUUGGGAUCGGUGAAAAACUUCCAAUGGCCAUCAUGUACUUCUCCACCUUUGUUACUGCUGCUGCUGUGGCAUUUGCCUUUUCUUGGAGGCUGUCGCUCGUGCUGUUGCCUAUUGCUCCAUUGAUUCUGCUCGCCGGAGGAGUUAUGGGUGCUCUGACAAAAGGAUGCAAGCUGGUCGAGCUCGACUGCAUUGCAAAGGCUGCCUCCCGUGCGGAAGAGGCUUUCAACGCCAUCAAAAUCCUAAAGGCGUUUUCCAAGGAACGCACUAUCGGCCAAGAAUACGAUACACUCACCACAGACACCAAGGCUGCAGGUGCUAAAGCUGGCCGCAUCCAGGGCGUGGGUGUAGGCGCGCUUCUUUUCAUCAUCUACGCCGGCUACGCGCUCGCGUUUUUCUACGGUGCUCAACUCAUUGCUCGUGGCGAGCUUUUGCCGGGACGCAUUGUGAGUGUCGUGUUUGCCAAUUUUGCUGGUGCCUUCGCCAUAGCCAAUCUCUUCUCCAUGAUCGAAAACUUCACCAUGGCAACUGCCGCUGCCUCUUCGGUCAUCGGAACCAUCCAGCAAGACCUGGCGAGCUCUGAGCUGUCCGAGUCUCGUAGAAACGAAGAGAAAUCGCAGACCAGCAGACAGCUGGCUACGGGGUACAAUGCAGAGCUCAAACUCGACCAUGUCCACUUUGCCUAUCCUUCCAAGCCUGAAAGACCGGUGCUAAAGGAUCUUUCUCUCACUAUUCCGAGCUGCGUCACAACUGCCAUUGUUGGUUUGUCAGGCUCUGGCAAAAGCACCAUCUUUGCCCUCCUUCAACGAUUCUACGCACCAACUCGUGGGAGCAUCCGUCUUGAUGAUGUCGACAUUUCCGCCCUUGACGUUGAUUGGUUGCGUGGCCAGAUCGGCGUUGUGGAGCAGCAGCCUACUCUUUUUGCCAUGUCAAUUCAAGCCAAUAUCGAACUUGGCCUGCCCAACCGUCACACUCGCUCGGCCGAAGAGCUGGAAUCGCUCGUGGUGCAAGCCGCCAAAAAGGCCAACGCGCACAACUUUAUAACUGCUUUGACACACGGCUACCAGACCGAAGUUGGCUCUCAGGGCUUUCUUCUCUCGGGCGGUCAGAAGCAGAGGAUUGCUAUCGCGCGAGCACUUAUCCGCGAUCCCAAGAUCCUUUUGCUCGAUGAGGCCACGAGUGCGCUCGAUUCCAAGAGCGAGGCUGUGGUCCAGGCUGCGCUUGAUGAAGCCGCCAAGGAUCGCACCACCAUCAUCAUCUCUCAUCGACUCAGCACGGUUCGCAAUGCAGACAACAUUGUCGUUCUCGGCCCAGACGGGAUCAUCGAGCAAGGCAGCCACCAUGAACUAAGCAUCAAGCCGAACGGCACUUUUGCGUCUAUGCUCCGCCAUCAAGACGACAAAACGAAGCCUGUGAUGGUGACCUCUGAGCCAGAGAUAGUAGACUCGUCUCAUUCGCUUUGCCUAACAGAGAUUCCAACAAUGGAGAUCGCUCACUCGCUCGAGGUGUCUCGAACCAUUUCUGCUCUCGCCGAUAGCGUGAAACCGAAAGAUCCAUCCAAGAAUUUCGAGCCACCUGGGGAGUCCUAUGCGUCCCCAGCUGCUGAUGGAGUUAAACAAGACGCUCCUAAAACAGAUUCAGUUGGCCUCCGAACGCUUCUUCAUAUUCUGAUCAAGGAUCCAGAGACUGGCAGACUAGCCCAAUUAUACAUGCUCGGCUCGUUAUGCGCGGCUAUCAUCGGAGCAGUUUAUCCCGUCUACGCGAUUCUCUUCGGUACGGCGAUCGAGGACUACGCACCGUGCAAUAGCUCGGACGGAAGGCCAUGCCCAAAUCCAGCACGUGGCACCAUGCUACAUAACAACCGAAUCAGCUCUGGCUCAUUUUUCAUCGUUGCUGUUGGCUGUGCCUUCAUCAGCUUCUACCACGUGCGUUCGUUGUAUAUUGCUGGAUCGCGGGUGACGCAUCGACUCCGCGUGUUGGUUUUCCAAAGUCUUCUAUGCCUUGACGCUAGCUUUUUCGACGAUCCUGUGAAUACGAGUAACGAUCUGGCCAGCAGUCUAAGCGUCCUAUCGCAGGGUAUCUACGGAGGUGUCGGUCCGACGUUGGGCUCCAUCGUGCAGAGUCUUGCCACUGUGAUCGUCGGCUACGCUGUGGCAAUCGGUUACGGAUGGCGUCUUGCUCUGGUGGUGAUCGCAUCGACGCCUUUGACCAUCACUGCAGGUCUGUUACGACUUCGUGUGCUCGCACGCAAGGAAUCGAAAACAAAGCAGGCGCAUCAACACACAACGCAGCAAGCUUGCGAAUCGAUCGGUGCCAUUCGCACCGUCUCUGCUUUCAACCUGCAGCCGCAGACGCUUCAAGUGUAUCAAAAGAACUUGGAAAACGCUUCACGCUCUCUUCGUCCUACCAUGUGCUACAGUAGCGUCCUAUUUGGCUUGUCGCAAUGCGUUCAGCUGCUCGUUACUGCUCUUGCUUUUUGGUACGGUGGUCGCGAGCUUGCUCAAGGGCAUACAAGCUCCAAGGGCUUCUUCACCAUCCUCAUCUCUGUCGUCUACGGUAGUGUUCAAGCCGGCAAUAUCUUUAACUAUAGCGCCGAUUUCUCUAGCGCUCAUUCUGCUGCUUGCAAGUCACUGUCUAUCCUAAAGCAAGCAAAAGAAGUGGUUGCUGAGGCUCAGGCGAAUGACAGAGACGUGCAAUGGAACACGGAGGAUUCUUUGCCCUCCGGUCAGAUCGCCUUGAAGGAGGUAACUUUCCGUUAUCCGCAACGACCAACAUGCACCGUGCUAGACCGACUUUCUCUCACUAUCGAGCCAGGCACGUUCUGCGCCAUCGUCGGAGGAAGUGGUUCCGGCAAGUCGACAGUUCUUCAGCUCAUCGAACGGUUCUACACACCAGAAUCAGGACGAGUGCUACUUGACGGCUACUCGAUCACAGAGGGUGACCCAGCCAGAUUUCGAAAGUAUAUGUCGUACGUACCACAAGAACCGACACUCUUCCAAGGCACCAUUGGCUGGAACAUUGCGCUUGGUGCCACGGAUGAGAACCCAGAAGACGUACCGCUAGCAAAGAUUCAACAAGCUGCUGAACUGGCACAGCUUGGAGAUUUGCUCGCCAGUCUGCCAGAGGGCUUGAAUACGCAGCUCAGUGCGCGCGGCGUACAGAUGUCCGGAGGCCAGAAGCAGAGGAUCGCGAUCGCUCGAGCUAUGAUCCGCGAUCCCAGAGUGCUUUUGCUAGAUGAAGCCACUUCGGCGCUCGAUCCUGCCAGUGAGAGGGCGGUUCAGGGUGCACUUGACAACGUCAGCCAGGGCCGUACUACAAUUGCUGUGGCUCAUAGACUGUCGACAAUCGCCAAGGCGGACAAGGUGAUUGUGAUGCAGGCCGGAAAGGUGGUCGAAGAGGGUUCGCCGCGAGAGCUAUUCCAGCGCGACGGUCUCUUUGCACUCAUGGCUCGUCUCCAGGGUGUCUCUUUCUGA